AUGUGGUUUUCGGUUUGGAGUCUGAAAACAGUUCCCCCUCCCUUCAUCGCACUGACUACUUUCCAGCCAUUCGGAUUGCGUCCUAUCAUCCUGAGACUCUUUUUUCGCGCUCCUCUCUUCCUCCACCAUCGGCCCUCUGCCUCUCCCACGCUGUCACGCUGUUCAGACUUCAAAGGCUCCAAUUCCCUCCGCAAGACUCCGCUAGGCCCUGGUCCUGGUCUUGCUGCAACCAGCCGUGGUGCAUUGCCAGCAGUCAGCUCUCUCCAAAUUUCUCACCACUCUUCGACCGCCUUCUCCAAGCCCAAAGUGGAUCGACCACCGCUCCAAGCACUCCCCGCCAGCUUCCCCAACACUGAACCCAACCCAACGUACCGAUACCAAUCAGUACCGCGCUCAUCGGCACAUCGGCCUCUCACCGCUCUCAACAUGAGCCAGAUGCAUCGGGAACGCUUGUCUCCAUCGACUAUCGGCUCGGCUUUUGACCUCAACUCUGACAAGAAAGCAUACUCCGCAGUGAUGUGGACGUUGCACCAAAUAGGCUCACGCCGUUGCCAUCAUAUACAUAUGCUCAAUGAACGGGCGGCAUCCGUAUGGCCCCCGCCCAUCUCAUCUAUUGCGGGGGAAUCGAUUGCAAGUUUCGUGACACUUUGCUCAAAGUCAAACCCCACAACGCCAUGUUUCUUUGACAAGGGUAACCGUGGUUCGAUUAUCAAGUUGAACAUCACAUUCAUCCGUACCUUAUUGUCAUCGGGCUCCGGUCAUAUCCACUCUAUGGAAGGCUGCGACAACUCCUCUAUUCCUUACCAACCUGUGAGGCAAACUGGCAAUGAGCGCGCUCACCGGCAGAUCGCUCCCGAUGAGGGCCUGGACGAAGGCUACAUGCAAUGCGCCCAACAUUCCGGAUUCCACACACCGCAGACACAGACACGGAUACUCUCAUUGCCACGGCGGCGCGGGGGAUGUUCCCCGGUGACCGCCCUCGGUCUGAGCAUCCAUGUCACCGUCGUUGGUUUCAAGGGCGCUUAA